GGAAGGGAGAACAGUCAUGGCCGGCAGUGUUACAGUGAUAUAGAGCAUUAUAUACCAGUUAAUUGUGAUCACCUUACCAGUGUUUGCUUGGCCACUGUACCGUCGCAAAUGGAUGACUGGACCGCUGAUGUAUUGACUAAACACUAUAAUUCAUUAGUGAGCAGAGAUUCCGGAGAAAUGUCCAACUCCGGAAGGUUUUAAUGAAAAUUAUGUGAUUGAUUGGUCAAAUAGGAAUGAAUAGUCUUGAACUAGCCCGAGUGAUGUUUGGUUGACACUGUCGUGUCGCAUUGACGUAGAGAACAGAUAAAUGAGGCGGUAGGCCCGGUAAAUUACGCUGGCCUCGUUGGGUGUUUUUGCAUGUCGUUUACGGUCAUCUUAUGGAGAUGUCGCACAGCUUGAUGCGCUCGAGAGUAAACUGCAGUUAGAAGAUGUAGCAACUGGCAUUAUACGAGCUCAUAUACACCGUGCAUAUAGAUCACUCUGAUUCAGAAAUGAACCGUGUAAUCUCCGUACUUCUUGUGCUAGUCCCUGCCAUCGCUGCAGUGGGUGCUGUACCGUGGAAUGACGAGGCUCGCCUGGUCUCAGAUCUGUGGACGAACGCCGGGUACGAUGCGAAGAUCCGCCCAGUCCGAAACGCCUCCGAGACGGUGCAAGUCGCUCUGCGGGUGGAUGUCUUCUCCAUUCUUAAUGUUGAUUCCAAGGAACAAGAAAUUAGAAUUGCUUCUGUAUUUAACAUGAAAUGGCAAGAUGACAGGUUGAGAUGGAAACCUGACGUCUACAACGGUCUGGAGUAUCUGUCAGUUGCGGCGGGCAAGACCUGGUAUCCCAAACUCCGGGUGCUGAACGCUCUUGAAGAGUCAAGACUGAUCACGGACGAUACAGAAGUGAUGAUCACCAGUGAGGGCGUGCUUCAUGUGCUUCACUCCCUCAUCUUCGAGACGCAAUGCCACCUUCAACAGGCGUUGUUCCCCUUCGAUGUCCAGGAAUGUCAGUUCCUUGUCGGCACAGCUGGCGUCCCGAGCGGCGUGAUGAGGUUAGAGGCCUCCAAGGCCGAUAAACCUCGCGAAGAGGUCCAGUCAAUCUCCAGUUGGCAUCUUGAUGACCUCACGGUCCGUGGCAUCCUGUCACCGACUUGCAUCGAUGCACACGCGGUAGCAGAUGGUGAGGAGUGCCGCCGAACCUCAGAGACUACGGUGAACCUCACGCUGAGGCGCGAACCUAAGUACCACGUGUACACGGUACUUGCCCCCUGCACGAUCCUCACGCUCCUAGCCUCAAUGAUCUUUUGGCUGCCCACCGAGUGCGGCGAGAAACUCUCCUUCGGUAUUUCCAUUUUAUUCGGUUUUGUUAUCUUUCAGCUGCUUGUUCAGGAUGCAUUGAGUGAGGCAGGAGGCGAGAAACCCUCACUCCUGAUUCGUUACGUGCUCUUCAACUUCGCGCUUGUCGGUGUGGCAGUCAUGAUAUCUGCUGUAUCUAUUGCCCUCUACCACAGAGGUGAUGGCGGGGAAACCUCACAAGGCACGGCCUUGUGUAAGAUCUGCGCACCUCAUGCACAAGUUGGUAUUGAGGAUCCCCAACAAGCAAGACUCACUCAAGACAGAGAAGGAGAUGCAGCAAAGGACGAGGAAAAACCGCAGUCAAAGGCAAAGAAACCCUGGAACUGGAAGAAAAUCGCGAAGUAUCUGGAUCGCGUCUCCUUCGUUGUCUAUUACAUCGCAUUCUUCAUCUUCUUUUUGGUGAUAGUUGUUGAGGUUAUCCAGAUUUAGGGAGCAUUGGUACCGGGUGAGGGUGUGAGGCGCCAGAGGUUGCCACUUUGUGAGGUUACCGGUACAAAUCGGGGCAUUCGAAAUCGCGAAGUUUUACCAGGGUCUGUUUACAUAUAGAUGUUUAGAGACUGACUCUUUGCACUCGUAAAGAUCCACCCAGAUAGCCCGAAUAAAUGUAAAGUACAACGUGAAUUAAUAAUCUUGUAUAUUGAUGAACAGUAGCGGAUCUGGGUGGGGUGGGGUGAGGGUUGGUCGAAGUUCCCCUGAUCUCACUAUCAGGGCAUGCCUUCGGCACACCUUCACUCACCGUCCCCCCUUUUAUAUCAACCCCUGUUUCCUGAAAGCCAGAUCCGCCCCUGAUGCAACCUCCAUGUCUUUUGAUUUUGUGUGUAUAUGUUGUAGGAGAAAUUGUGAUUUUUAUGACAUUUCAAGAUUUGAACGGCCAUGCAAACACGAGUAACCGCGAUGUAUCAAAAACGCGGAAGUGGAAUGAACUUAAAAUAAACUUAAACUACUGCCAGCAUGUGAAUAAAACAGUGUUCGGGUUAAGUCAAAAACAAGGAUUUUUGUCUGUCCUUUCCUAAAUGCUUCUAAAAGCAUUACAUGGUGGCAGCGGUAAACUGAAGACUUUUGUGGGUACCAAAACAAACUCAGAAAGUGAAAGUGCCUUUUUGGAAAAUUUGUUUCACAGG